AUGGUGGCAGGGAUGCUGAUGCCGCUGGAGCGGCUCCGUGCCAUCCUGGAGCUGCUGUUCCGUGAGGGUGUGCUGGUGGCCGAGAAGGACCCACGCCCACGCCGUACCCACCCGCAGCUGCCCGGGGUGCCCAAUGUGGAGGUGCUGCGGGCCAUGGGCUCGCUGCGUUCCCGCGGCCUGGUGAGGGAGACCUUCGCCUGGCGCCACUUCUACUGGUACCUGACGGAUGCUGGCAUCGCCCACCUGCGCCAGUACCUGCACCUGCCACCUGACAUUGUGCCACGCUCCAUGCAGCGGGUACGGCACCCGGCACAGCCCCCUCGCCGUGCCCCCCACACCGCUACCAACACCUCUGCCAAAGCCACCGCCAAUGUGUCCAACAAUGUGUCUACCAAAGUGUCUGCCAAUGCCACCAGCAGCAGCAGAACCGACACUGGCACUGAUACUGGCACCAUCCAGGCACGCCGUGGUGAGCGGAUCUACCGCAGGAAGGAGGAGGCCGAGGAGCAUGUGAACCCUGGCAAUGCCAUGGGGGGGGUGUCCCAGCUGCCCUCCCCUGAUGAUCCCCCAGCCCCAGUGUCUCAUGUUCGCAGCCCGGUGACGGCCCCGCUUAUUUAUAUCCACCCCGCCGCUGCCCCCCCCCCCCCGCUGCCGCCGGGCCGAGCCGAGUUGAGCCUGGCCAGCCGGGCCAUGGAAGACUCGGGGGCCCUGUUCCCGUCCCUGGUGGCCGCGGGGCACGCCGCGUCCCUCGCCCUGGUCUGGUUCUUGAGGCGGCGGGGAGCGGACCCGGAGGAGGGCACAGUGGCUGUCACUGGGAUGCAGCUGGCACUGGGAACAGUGGGCAUGGGGCUUCUGAGGGGCUUUGGGUGCAUAGCGGCACCACACGCCCCACUGGCACAGCUGCCAGUGCCACAGCAGGAUGUGGCGAGUGCUGUUUGGGGCCUGUUUGGCCCUGUUGCCAAGGCUGCCGGCACGGUGCCAGCAGUGGCGGGAGGGGGCAGCCCCCAGAGCCUCAGGAACCCCACUGGCUAUGCACCCCCCCGCCAGCCCCACUCAGUUUUUCCACCACAGCAGCAUCUGGUGGUGCCAGUGGCCCAUGCCCAUGCCCAGUGGCCCACGCUUGUUCCCAUCCCCGUGCCCAUGCCCGUGUUCAUGCCCGUGCUCACUCCAUUCUGCCCACUCUGCUGUGUCCGGGGCCGUCCCGAGGGGUCCCGGCUCCGCCCGGGGCUGGCUGCAGCCGCGGGCUCUGAGUCACCGGCCCCGGCCCGGCCCCCGAGCAGGACCCGUACACCCGGGCACACGAUGCCCGCCUGGCUCCGCCGCUGCUGCUGCUGCUGCUGCGGAACAGGUGGCACCGGGGGCACCGAGCUACGGGGUGCGGGCAGAUUCCAGAGUUGGGCAGAUCCCGGGGUCCCGGUGAAAGGGGUUUCGGGGGUCCCCAUGAAGCGGGUUCCGGGGUUCGGGUGCUGCCGGAAGCCCCGUUUGGGUGUUUUUGGGGUGCGGGCGGGUCCCAGUGCCGCCCGGGGCGGGGCGCUGUUUUGGGGCGGGUCCGUUCCGUUCCGUUGCCGUUCCCGGUGCCGGUGCCGUGGGUGCGAAGGGGCCAUGGCGAGCAGCCCCCCACGGCCACCCCCCAGUCCCGGGCUUUGGUUGAGCGGCGGCUCCGAGCCUGAGCGGCGGCGGCUCCUCAGCGCCCGCCUCUGCUGCGCUGAUGAACGUGACCGUGUCCAGAAGAAAACCUUCACCAAAUGGGUCAACAAGCACCUUAUCAAGCACUGGCGAGCAGAGGCACAGCGCCAUGUCAACGACCUGUACGAGGACCUGCGGGAUGGGCACAACCUCAUCUCACUGCUGGAGGUGCUUUCAGGGGACACCCUGCCCCGGGAGAAGGGCCGGAUGCGCUUCCACAAGCUGCAGAAUGUCCAGAUCGCCCUCAACUACCUGAAGCAUCGGCAGGUGAAGCUGGUGAACAUCCGCAAUGAUGACAUCGCCGAUGGCAACCCCAAGCUGACGCUGGGGCUCAUCUGGACCAUCAUCCUCCACUUCCAGAUCUCAGACAUCCAGGUGAGCGGGCAGUCGGAGGACAUGACGGCCAAGGAGAAGCUGCUGCUCUGGUCCCAGCGCAUGGUGGAGGACUACCAGGGCCUGAGGUGUGACAACUUCAGCAGCAGCUGGCGCGACGGGCGCCUCUUCAACGCCAUCAUCCACCGCCACAAGCCAAUGCUGAUUGACAUGAACCAAGUCUUCCGGCAAAGCAAUCUGGAGAACCUGGACCAGGCCUUCACCAUCGCCGAGCGUGAGCUGGGUGUCACCCGCCUGCUGGACCCCGAAGACGUGGACGUGCCGCAGCCGGAUGAGAAGUCGAUCAUCACCUAUGUCUCCUCGCUCUACGAUGCCAUGCCGCGGGUGCCUGAGGUGCAGGAUGGCGUCAAGGCCAACGAGCUGCAGCUGCGCUGGCAGGAGUACUACGAGGUGGUGACAGCGCUGCUGCGGUGGCAGCGCCAGCACACGGUGCAGUUUGAGGAGCGUCGCUUCCCUGCCAGCUACGAGGAGGUGGAGAUCCUCUGGCGCCAGUUCCUGAAGUUCAAGGAGACGGAGCUGCCUGCCAAGGAGGCCGACAAGAACCGUGCCAAGGCCAUCUUCCAGAGCCUGGAGGGUGCGGUGCAGUCGGGACAGCUGAAGGUGCCUCCCGGGUACCACCCGCUGGACGUGGAGAAGGAAUGGGGACAGCUGCACGUGGCCGUGCUGGAGCGGGAGAAGCUGCUGCGGGCAGAGUUCGAGAGGCUGGAGCGGCUGCAGCGUGUGGUCACCAAGCUGCAGAUGGAGUCGGGGCUGUGCGAGGAGCAGCUCAACCAGGCCGAUGCCCUGCUCCAGGCUGACGUGCGGCUGCUGGCAGCGGGCAAGGCGGCACAGCGGGCAGCGGAGCUGGAGAGGGACCUGGACAAGGCGGAUGGCAUGAUCCGGCUGCUCUUCAACGAUGUCCAGACACUGAAGGAUGGGCGGCACCCGCAGGGAGAGCAGAUGUACCGCCGGGUGUACCGCCUGCACGAGCGCCUGGUGGCCAUCCGCACCGAGUACAACCUGCGGCUCAAGUCCGGUGCAGUGCCCGCGGUGACCACGGUGACAACGACGGCAGCGGUGCCCCAGCGGCCGAGGGCAGAGCUGGAGGAGGCGACACUGCGCUACCUGCAGGACCUGCUGGCAUGGGUAGAGGACAACCAGCGGCGCCUGGCAGCGGCUGAGUGGGGCAUGGACCUGCCCACCGUGGAGGCGCAGCUGGGCAGCCACCGCGGCCUGCACCAGUCCAUUGAGGAGUUCCGUGCCAAGAUCGACCGGGCGCGGGCUGAUGAGGCCCAGCUCUCCCCUGGCUCCCGCGGUGCCUACCGGGAGUGCCUGGGCAAACUGGAGCUGCAGUAUGGGAAGCUGCUGACCUCAUCCAAGUCACGGUUGCGGCACCUGGAGAGCCUGCAGAGCUUCGUCAGUGCAGCCACCAAGGAGCUGCUGUGGCUGAGCGAGCGUGAGGAGGAGGAGGUGACCUUCGACUGGAGCCACCACAACCCUAACAUGGCAGCCAAGAAGGACAGCUACUCGGCGCUGAUGCGGGAGCUGGAGCUGCGGGAGCGGCGGGUACAGGAGCUGCAGGGCACUGGCGAGAAGCUGCUGCGGGAGGAGCACCCUGGCAGGCAGACACUGGAGAGCUCCAAGAACCCUCCUGAGAUGCAGGACCUGAACUGA